AUGAAAAAUAUUUUGAGAGAUGCAAUAUCUACUCGUCCAUUUUUAUUUCAUCAUAUCUUUAAAUAUUUUAAACAGGAUCUAAAAUUAGCAAUAAAAUUAUUUCAAAAAUAGAUGAAUUAUCAAGAUUGUAAUUAAAAAAAAAUAAAAUGGUAACUAAAUUGCUGUGAUUUACAAUUAAAUAAAUAUUCUUAAUAAAUGGUAGAUUUGAUUUUAACAUUAUUGUCAUUAGCAAUCAGACAUUCCUAUUCUUAAAUUGUUGAAAUUCUAUUAUUAGUGAUAAAAUUUCCUUAAUAUUAGAAUGAAGGCUUAUCAGUAUUCUAAGUCAAUUUGAGAGUAAUGAAUAUAUAAUCAUCAACCAAUUUAAAAAUUCUAAAAGAAUUUUAAAAACUAGAAAUACAAAAGACUUUAAUUGAGGAUACCUCUGAAUAUUCAGGAAUGAUAAUCAAUCGAAUUUCUUAAUUUCCUAAACCUAAAACUCCUUAUAAAAUUAUUAUUAAAACUAUGAAAGAAAAUCUAAUACAAACUUCUAAAUGCAUAGAGGGUUUAAACUAAAACUAUAUUGUAAAAUAAAUGAUAAAAAUGACCAUUUUUAGUCAUCAAAUUGAUAUUAAGAAAAUAAAAUUUAUAAAUAAAACUAAUAAUAACAUUAUUAAAUAAAAGAAUUAUAAGAAAAACAAGUUUCUGAUUAUAAUUUAUUUAGAUGCGAAGAUUUUGUUGAAUAAUUAUUGUACUAAAUAUUCUAAUUUAAAUAUGUAAUCAUUUAUUUAAGAGUUUUAAUUAGAUAAUAUGAUGAUAUUAUUUUAAAAAUAAUUCAACAAUAAUUGUUAUUAUAAGAAUUUAGAUUACUUAAUAGAAUAAAUGCUAAUACCUAUACCAACUAAAUAUACUUAUUCCAAUUUCGAUUAAUCAAAAAAAAAUAGAUAAUUAUUGUAGAUAAUUUACAAUAGAAAUAAAAUAAAAAUUAAAUGA